AAAAAAGCUACUUUGAUAUUUUUGACCUUAUGAAACCAUUAAAACAAAAUCUACCGCUCUCACUAUGGUCGGUUUUGGAUAUCCUGUGCUCAAUUAUAGAGAUGGACAUCCAUGAUCCAUCCUAAAGCAAAUUCCCUUUGGAAAGAAAACCGACCCUUUUCUUUAACCCACACCCUACUCCUACUAGCCUAAUCAAUUACAGCAACAUCAUAUCAAUCUUCCCCAGUUCUUUCUCUCAUAGGGGAAAAGGAGAUUCCUUCCAUGCCCCACACCUUUGCCUUUCAAAUAUUCCCUCCUCAAGUACAAAUAAAUGCCACCUGUUUAUUCUUCUUUCAUACUCUCGCCCCUCUCCAUCCCUUGGCUUCUCCGUCUCCUUUCUCUCUACAAUGGCUCCAGAGCUUGAGGGCACUUAGCAUCUAACUUGCGCUUUCUCCUCAAGUGCAGAAACCUCAAGUUACAGAGAUACAAGUCAGAAUGGAUUGCAACGGAUGUGUGCAGAAGAUCAAGAAGGCACUGCAUGGCAUUAGGGGCAUAUAUGAUCUUUAUAUUGACUUCCCCCAACAAAAAUUAACAGUAAUUGGGUGGGCAGAUCCAGAACAGAUAGUGAAAGCCAUUAGGAAAACUAGAAAGAUUGCCACCAUAUGUUCCCACACAGAGCCAUCAGAUCAGCCUGCUGCUCACCCAACAGAACCACCACAACCGCCACCUGAAGGUGCUGCAACACCACCACCAAACACUGAAGCAGCAAACCCUUCCCCAGCAGCUCUACCAGCGGAAGCAUCAUCACCAGCAGAGCCACCAAAAGACCCACCACCACCUGAAAAUCCUCCGCCAGCAGACAAACCAUCAUCAUCACAAGUUGAUACAGAAACCAACGCAAAACAGCCUGCAGGCCCUGCACAAGCCCCUGGACAAAAGGAUGUAGGAGAGGUUCAUGUCAUAUACCAUCACCCACCUGAUUAUGGGUACAGAUACAGCUAUCCUAGUUAUGGUGGUCCCUGGAACAUACACCCAAACAACCAUGGACUUCCAUCAGACCCCAGAUACCCUAAUGGCCAUGGACUUCCACCAGAGCCCAGAUACCCUAAUGGCCACGGACUUCCACCAGAGCCCAGAUACCCUAAUGCCCAUGUGCUACCACGAGAAUCACCACAGCCAAUCUACGUGACUCACAGCUAUAACACAUACAGGCCAUCACCAUAUGUCACAGAAUACGAGUACAUCCACUCUCCACCUCGCCACACAAUUUACAGUAGGAUGGAUCAUUACAGUGAGGACUAUCAUGAAAACACUCGCAAUGGAAACAUCACAUCUAUCUUCAGUGACGAAAAUCCAAAUGCAUGUAGGAUAGUGUGAAAGGUAUUGCAAGAGCAAGGAGGCACCUUCUUACGCCUCUGGAAAAGAUAGUACAUGAUGGAGAAUAAUUCAAAAAAAAAAAAAGAGGUAUCUGGUGGCACUAAUAUUUCCCAAUAAGAAUGUGAAAAUGUUAGGAAAGAAUGAGAUUCCAAGUUUGUAAUUGCCGGAAGAAUUUAUUCUGCAUUCCACUUCUGAUCGGAUGGUAAUA